GCGGCGGGAUGGCGGCCGGCGGGUACGGCCGGUACCGGGCCGUGAUCUUUGCGGCCAUGUUCGUCGGGUACACGCUCUACUACUUCAACCGCAAAACCUUCUCCUUCGUCAUGCCCGCCGUCAUGGCUGAGGUGCCGCUGGGGAAGGACGAGCUGGGUCUCAUCACCAGCAGCCAGUCCGCGGCCUAUGCCAUCAGUAAGUUCAUCAGUGGUGUCCUCUCCGACCAGAUGAGCGCCCGCUGGCUCUUCUCCUCUGGCCUGCUGAUGGUGGGCUUGGUCAACGUGGUCUUCUCCUGGAGCUCCACCGUCACGGCCUUCGCUGGGCUCUGGUUCCUCAACGGGCUGGCCCAGGGGCUGGGCUGGCCACCCUGCGGGAAGAUACUGCGGAAAUGGUUUGAGCCUUCCCAGUUCGGGACUUGGUGGGCAAUCCUGUCUACAAGCAUGAACUUGGCUGGAGGCUUAGGUCCCAUUGUGGCUGCUCUGGUGUCUCUGAACUACGAUUGGCGCAUGACUUUGUCCUUCUCUGGCUUCAUCUGUGUGGUUGUCUCUUUUGUUUGCCUCGUCCUGAUUAAAAACGAGCCGUCGGAUGUUGGGCUACCCAACAUUGAACAAGGAGCCAAGAAAGGGAAGAAAGGUUCCGCCAGUGACAAUAGCACUCUGACAGAGCUGCUGCUCUCGCCAUACCUCUGGGUGCUCUCGACAGGCUACCUGGUCGUUUUUGGAGUGAAAACAUGCUGUACCGACUGGGGACAGCUCUUCCUGAUCCAGGAGAGGGGACAAUCCAUGCUUGUGGGUAGCUCCUACAUGAGUGCCUUGGAGAUUGGGGGUCUGGUGGGAAGCAUUGCUGCUGGAUACCUUUCUGACAGAGCGGUAGCAAGAGUGGGUCUGUCGAGCUACGGGAAUCCUCGGCACGCGCUGCUGCUUUCCAUGAUGGCUGGGAUGUGCGUGUCCAUGUUCCUCUUCCGCGUCACGGUCACAGGCGAUUCUCCCAAGGAAAAUCACUUCUGGACUGUAGCCUUGCAACCUCUAGCUGAUCUUACAGGCCUAAAAGAACAUGAGCUGUGGAUCCUGACUCUGGGAGCUGUGUUUGGGUUCUCCUCGUAUGGGCCGAUCGCCUUGUUUGGGGUUAUAGCCAACGAAAGCGCCCCCGCCAACCUGUGCGGCACCUCCCAUGCCAUAGUGGCCCUCAUGGCCAAUGUUGGGGGUUUUCUGGCGGGACUGCCCUUCAGUACCAUUGCCAAGCACUACAGCUGGGCUACCGCCUUCUGGGUAGCCGAAAUCACCUGUACCGGUAGCACAGUGGCUUUCUUCUUACUGCGGAACAUCCGCACCAAGAUGGGCCGGAUUCCCAGGAAGGCUGACUGAGGAUGAGCGACUUGGUGACAAGGAUGCUCCCACACCGACAUGAAUGAUGCUCGUUGUUUGUUUAACUGGCCUAGGAGUGAGUUUACCUAUUGCUGCAACCUAGAUAAAAUGUCUCAAUGUCUCAUCCACUGUCACGUGCCUGAGGGCACAAGGUUCCUGCUACCGAUCACUUUUUUUUUUUCCCCUCAAGAUGUGAUAAUUCAGCUAGUUUACAGCUGCAA